UCGGGGUAAACAGUCAAGAUGGCGGCGUGUGUCGCCGGAGAGCGGCUGCGGGACAUCAGCACGCCGACGACGGGCGACCGGGACGGCAAGAAGCUCACCGACUUGCCCACCGAGGUGCUGGAACACAUCCUGUGCUUCCCCGCGCUCAAACAUGUCGACAUUUGCAACGUUUCCCGCUCCUGUCAGCGCCUUCACGACGUCUGCCACGGGCGCGGGAAGGUGUGGGGGCACCAGUACAAACUCAGAUGGCCCAGGCUGCAGAGGUUCUACCCUCAGAACGAGAGCUGCGACUGGCUGCGGGAGUACAAGACCCGCCAUCGGGUGGGCAUCCAGAUCCGCAGGACGGUGGAGUCCAUCUCCAAAAGGUUCUUCACGGAAGUUCCGUGCAUCGGACAAGUUCUGGGGGACAGCUUCGCUGAGAUCGAGUCCCUGGGCAUGCCCGAGCAUUUCUGUGAGGACGAGCUGCUCUUCAUCCUGCGUGCCGACAAGAGGAAAAGUCUGACCCUGAAGUACUAUGCAAGGAAAAUCCUUUACUUCCUGAGACAGCAGAACAUCCUGCGCAGUCUCAAGAACUUCCUGGAGCAGCCCAAGGAGCAGCAGUCGGCGCUCGCAGGAGCGGUUCUGGUGGACCAGUACUGCAACCCACUGGCUGACAUCACGCUGGAAGGCGUCCAGGCUCAGCUGGACGACGUGGUGGACAAAGUCAAGAAGACUCUGAGGCUGAAGAACGCUUCUCAUCCCAGCCUGCGCUCGCCUCCAGGUUUGCCCCUGGAGGACUUUGAGCUGCAGCGGCAGGUCUUCUGUGCCCUCAACUCGGUGCUGUACGAGCAGCUGCAGUACAAGGGCGACCAGUCGGACUACUACAACCCUCUCAACUCCUACAUGCACCAGGUGCUCCAGCGGCGCAAGGGCAUCCCCAUAAGCCUCUCCAUCCUCUACAUGGCGCUGGCCCAGAGCUUGGGGGUCACGCUGGAGCCCGUCAACUUUCCCAGCCACUUCCUGCUGCGGUGGCGGCAAAAACCACGAGGGAGCGAGGACAUUUACGACUUCGUCUACAUCGACGCCUUCGGGAAGGGCAAGCAGCUGACGGCCAAGGAGUGCGAGUACCUCAUCGGGCACCAGGCCACCGCCGACGCCUACGCCGCCAUCGGCACCGCCGAGGUCCUGCUCAGGAUGGUGGGGAACCUGCUCAACAUCGGCAAACGAGGGGAGGGCAACGAGAAGUCCUACCAGCUGCUGAGGGACACCUUGGACCUGUACCUCACCCUCAACCCUGACAACGUCACCUACCUGCUGCUGCAGGCCCGCCUCUACUUCCACCUGGGCAUCUGGCCAGAGAAGGUGCUGGACAUCCUGCAGCACAUCCAGGCCUUAGACCCGUCCCAGCACGUGGCCGUGGGCUACCUGGUGCAGCACACGCUGGAGCACAUCCAGCACAAGAAGCACCCCGCCCAGCCCGAGGUCAAGACGCGCGGCGCCCCCGAGCACCUGGACGUGCGCUACUCCGUGGGCCUGGUGAUGAAACACAAGAGGUCUGGCUACAACUGCGUGGUGUACGGCUGGGACCCUCGCUGCACCAUGAGCCAGGAGUGGAUCACCACCAUGAGGGUCCAGCAGCUGAGCCACGGCGCCCAGCAGCCCUUCUACAACGUGCUGGUGCAGGACGGCACCUGUCGCUACGCCGCGCAAGAGAACCUGGAGCCGCACGCGUGCCCGCUGGAGAUCGCUCAUCCGGAGGUCGGACGCUACUUCUGCGAGUUCGCCGACACGCACUACGUCGCCAACGAGGAGCUGCGCUCGCGAUACCCCGGGGACACGGAGGAGACGGCGGCCACGGCCCGGGACCUUUACCGGGAUCUCCAGCAAGCCACGCCCACCUAAAUGUCGCGUAAACGUCACACGCUUGGCGUCCAUUUCAUCAAAGCGUUGUCACAGGACACUUCAUUAGGCACACUCAGCGUAUCACUUUUUUUUCCAUUCAUUUUUGACAAUAUUCUUAUUUUUAAUAAUUCAUUUAUUUUUUUCAUUGUUAUUAACAAUACACUUAUUUUUAUUAAUUAUUUUUAACAAUAUACUUACUUUAAAAAAAUAUAUCUUAAUUUAUACUUUUGAAAGCAUAUAAAACUAAAGUAUAUUGCUGAAAAUAAUUUUUUAAAAGUGUAUUGUUGAACACAAAAAUUUAGUAAAAAGGUAUAUUGUUAAAAAUAAUAAUACAAAAUUAAGUACGUUGUUAAAAACAAUUAUUUACAUCAUUAUUUUCUGUAAUUAUAACUUAAAUGAAAAUAUAUCAUGUAAUAGAAUCCAAAAUGUCAUUUUUAACAAUACAUUUAUUUUUGUAAAUUAUUUUUAACAAUAUACUUGUAAAAGUAUAUUGCUGAAAAUAAUUUUAAUAAAGCAUAUUGUUGAACACAAAAAAUAAGUAAAAAGGUAUAUUGUUAAAAAUAAUAAUACAAAAUUAAGUAUGUUGUUCAAAACAAUAAUUUAAAUGUUUAUUUUCUGAAAUUAUAAUUUAAAUGAAAAUAUAUCAUGUAAUAGAAUCCAAAAUGUUAUUUUUAACAAUAAAUUUAUUUUUGUAAAUUAUUUUUAACAAUAUACUUGUAAAAGUAUAUUGCUGAAAUUAAUUUUAAUAAAGCAUAUUGUUGAACACAAAAAAUAAGUAAAAAGGUAUAUUGUUAAAAAUAAUAAUACAAAAUUAAGUAUGUUGUUCAAAACAAUAAUUUAAAUGUUUAUUUUCUGAAAUUAUAAUUUAAAUGAAAAUAUGUCAUGUAAUAGAAUCCAAAAUGUUAUUUUUAACAAUACAUUUAAUUUUGUAAAUUAUUUUUAACAAUAUACUUGUAAAAGUAUAUUGCUGAAAAUAAUUUUAAAAAAGCAUAUUGUUGAACACAAAAAAUAAUUAAAAAGGUAUAUUGUUAAAAAUAAUAAUACAAAAUUAAGUACGUUGUUAAAAACAAUAAUUUAAAUGUUUAUUUUCUGAAAUUAUAAUUUAAAUGAAAAUAUAUCAUGUAAUAGAAUCCAAAAUGUUAUUUUUA